CACACCAUUCAUCAGUCACCAUUCUCCUUUCGUUUAAUCUAGUUAAGGGUCGAGCUAUUUAGUGAAUGGUAGUACCUACAUAUUUUUCACCAUUAACCCUUCUGUGCAGAAUAAAAUCGUAAUAGUUUAUUCCACCAGAAUUCCUCACGGUGGCGACGGACGAAUUCGAAAGUGCUUGAUCUUUCAGGAAAACAAAGUACCUGAGUAAAUAUGUUCGAGGAUGCGGAUAAUUUCGCCGAUUUUCUCCGCGGUGGGUUACCCUACUACCUGCUAAUCACAUUACCGAUUUUAAUCAUUUGCUCGUCGAAUCCGGUGCUCGCCGCCAGCGAGUUCGGUGUCCAACGGAUGUCUCAAUAUGAUGUACAUGGUGUUCCCUACGGUUGUCGUGGGUCUGCUUUGAAUAUGGAAGCGAAAUCUUUGUAUACAUGGCAAACCUUUAGGCAUUGCGUGAUCACCCGCUUCCAGGACAUGACGAUUGAUCAGUUCCGUGAGAUUCGUGCCAAAGCAGGUGGUUUAGUGAUUUUGCUUCCAGAGGAUGUCUCGUCGCUGAGUCUGGAAGAGAAACAGCACAUUCACCUGCUGGAACAGGCAAUGAUGCUGCAAGAGAUUUCGAUUCCAGUCUACUUCUCACGCUACAGUUUAAAGCUGAACGAGAUUAUCAACGAUGUGACGAAAGCAACGAGUUUGACUCAACAACAGUCUUCUAAGCAGCGUGAAUCGGCCAUCAGUGAAAUUUUGGGUUCGAUUUCCGCCAAUGGUUACCAAAUCGCUGUGACCGGUACGAGCAACAGCCCAAACAAGCAAUCGAAAAUACCGAUUAUCCAGGGUGAACUGACUCCUACUAAACAUACCACCAAGUCGAUGGAUAGCGAAAAUAAGCUUCCGUUGAUCAUUUUGACUGCCCACCUGGAUACGUUUGGUUUGGUGAACGGGCCUUUGAAAAAUGCGGACGUUGCCGUGUUGCUUACCUUGAUUGAGCUAUUCAGUAAACUGCAUGCCAGUAUCCCGAAAUAUAGACUCAUGUUUCUAGUUUCCGAAUCUGGAAAUUUACUGAACUUCCAAGGCAUGAAGAAGUGGCUCGAUAGCAACUUAGAUGAAAAUGUACAAAUUCAGCAAGCAGAGUUUGUCAUCUGUUUGGACUCGAUCGGCAGGACCAAUGACAACAUAUUCAUGCAUGUUUCGAAACCACCGAAAGAAGGAACAUCUAUGAAUGGUUUCUAUAGAAUCCUGAAAUCUGUAGCGCAACGCUACGGAAAUAUCACCGUCGAAGGGGUACACAAGAAGAUUAAUCUUGCAGACACGUUGUUAGCGUGGGAACAUGAACGUUUCAGCAUGAAGCGGAUGCCUGCAUUCACUGUGUCCAAUUUAAAGUCUCACAAGGAUCCACUGCGUAACACAAUCUUUGAGGACGAAUCCGGGGAAGAACAGCUGGAUAAGCUGGAAACUAAUGUCAAAAUUCUAGCCGAAACACUAGCCAGUUACAUUUACAACCUACCAGGAGACAGUGCUGUGAACGACGGUGAAAUUUUCAGCGGUUCGAUGGCCAUCUCGAAGGAAAUUAUCCGACCAUGGUUGCAUAUACGUUCAAGCCAGCAAAACAACGAUCUCAAGUAUGCCUUUGAAAAGUACCUCAAGAAUGUGAGGCUCACAUAUGAAAAACCCGAUGCUCGAGAGCCCGACUUCAUGCUGUACGAUGAUCGGGACGCUGUACUAAAUAUCUAUAACGUCAAGCCGGCAGUCUUUGACCUGUUUCUUACGUUCUUGAUUGUGUCCUAUCUGGGAAUGAUUUAUCUGGCCAUCUUCUACUUUCCCAAGAUGUACACCUUCGUCUGCCGUAUGACUACAAAUAAGAUUAAGGGCAAUUGAAGGCUUUUACAUUACUUACCUCAAUUCUGUUACGGUUUGUUUUAUUUUGGUUUAUUCAAAAUAUCCUAUUGAUUAAGCGAAUCCGUCGUUAGCGAUCGGAAGAAUCUAGGAGAAGGGAAAAACAUCCCAGAGUACGAGAUUCUCGAGUUUAAGUUAACGUCAAAAUGCUCGGUUCUUGCUGAACACGAAACAUAGCAGUAGAUAAUUCGUCGUUAUUCUGAUCACUCAAGUAAGGAAUCAGCUGCUAGUCUGCAUUUACUUCGUUUAAUAACAGAAUUCGUUGAGUAGAAUUCAUACUAGGCGCUAGGAUGUUGUAGAAAUUAAAGGUGUGCUGGACAAUAUACCAUUUGUCUGCUUUGGUUUUUUUUGUUUGUUAUAGUAAGGAACAGAUCCCGUGUGAAGAAAAUAAAACAGCAACAAAAAUGA